CACACACACAGCCUCUCUCCUCAGCUUGCUCUUCUCUGUCUCUCACCCACUGUCUCGCUCUCUGCCCCAGACACUGGAUUGCUCAGUGAUGAACUCUGUUUUGCUCCUGGACAGCUUCAAUGGACAGCCAUGUGAUUUAGAAACUCCAGUUACCACUGGAGCCUGCAGUACAGGGGGGUAAAAGGAGGAGGAGUGGAGCAAAAAGAGAAAAAAAGAGCUUUCCUUCGGUUUGGGUUCAGUCUGUGGAAAUAUAGCUCGCUAAAGAGAGGUUUCCAAUCUUAUCUGAGAUUGAUCUGGAGGCCACUGGGGGAGUGGAAACCUGAGACCUGAAAGUAUAUUUCCUUUCGUCCCCAACGCAGUGGUAGCUUCCAUUCAGAAGUCUCUCCGAUUCACACACUGGGUGGCUGCUGAGUCCCGCAGAUAACGGGGAAGGGAAUACUUAGGUGCCAGUUGAUUCAUACCAGGAGGGCUCUUUAUUUAUUUUUUUUUUUGUGGUUCCAGUUACCCCCCUUCCCCGUCUGUCUUUCUUUCCUGCAUGGAAAGACAAGGACGAUGGAUGGAUUCUUGGUAGGAUGGAUCGUUCUGCUGUGGGUAACAGCACUUGCUGAGGGACUGCAGGUCACAGUGCCUGAAAAGAAGAAGGUUGCUAUGCUGUUUCAGCCUGCCCUGCUUCGCUGCCACUUUUCUACUUCCUCCACCCAGCCGGCUGUGGUGCAAUGGAGAUUUAAAUCCUAUUGCCAGGACCGCACGGGAGAAGCUUUGGGUCUGACCCUCUCAGGGAUACAAGCGGUGAGCAAAAGGAACCUGGAGUGGGAUCCCUACCUGGACUGCGUGGACAGCAGAAGGACGGUCCGUGUCGUAGCCUCCAAGCAGGGAUCCGCGGUCACAAUAGGGGACUUCUAUAAGGAAAGAGAUGUCACCAUUGUCCAUGAUGCAGACCUCCAUAUUGGGAAGCUGAUGUGGGGAGACAGUGGGCUCUAUUACUGUCUCAUCAUCACCCCUGACGACUUGGAGGGCAAGAAUGAGGAGUCAGUGGAGCUGCUGGUUCUGGGCAGGACAGGGCUGCUUGCUGAUCUCUUGCCCAGUUUUGCUGUGGAGAUUAUGCCAGAGUGGGUGUUUGUGGGCCUGGUGAUCCUGGGGGCUUUCCUGUUUUUUCUCCUGAUUGGGAUCUGCUGGUGCCAGUGCUGCCCACAUAGCUGCUGCUGCUACGUCCGCUGCCCCUGCUGUCCAGAUUCCUGCUGCUGUCCACGGGCAUUGUAUGAAGCAGGCAAGGCUGCAAAAGCUGGAUACCCAUCUGCUGUUACGUCCAUCCCAGGUCCUUACUACAUCCCUACUGUGCCGGGAGCUGGCGUGCCAUCUCCUGUUGUGCUGAUGGAGAAGUCGCAUCCCCCUCCCCUAGCACCAAGUGACUCCAGCGGAGGAAGCCAAAAUGCAGUGCGCAAGGGGUACAGGAUCCAGGCCGACAAGGAGAGGGACUCCAUGAAGGUGUUGUACUACGUCGAGAAAGAACUGGCACAAUUUGACCCAGCCAGGAGGAUGCGAGAGCGAUAUAACAACACCAUCUCUGAACUCAGCUCCUUGCACGAGGACUCAAACUUCCGUCAGCCUUACCGGCAGGUGCGAAGGAAACCCCUCCCUCCUGCAGGGGACCUGGAUGGUGAUGCGGAGUACUGGGCAGGGGUGAUCAGCGGAGGUGGUGCAUCAAGGACACAGGCGGUUUCUGAUUACAGGGAGGAGAGGGACAGCUUUAGGCACAGCCAGCAGAGAUCGAAAUCGGAAAUGCUGUCGAGGAAGAACUUCUCUGUGGGCGUGCCAGCCGUCUCCAUGGAUGAGCUGGCAGCCUUUGCAGAGUCCUACAGCCAGCGUGCCCGCCGGACAGAUGGUGGCCAGGAGCCCCGGCGUUUCGAGAGGUCGGAGUCGCGAGGGGGACGCGGCGGGGUGGUGCAGCAUCAGGACAGCUCCUCGGAGGAGUACUAUGGCAAACGCAGGGGGAACCGCGAGCCGCAGACAGACUCGGAUCGGGGCUGGUCAUACAGCCCGCCCAGGAGACGGGCCCACGAUGAGAAGCACCUGCCCAGGCUGGUGAGCCGGACACCUGGAGGGAGUCAGAAGUAUGACCACUCCUACCUCAGCAGCGUCCUAGAGAGGAAGUCCCGGAGCUAUGAGGAGAGUGGCGAACGCAGUGAGACACCCUCCAAGCUGAGCUCGCAGCCCAGCCAGAGAGGGGGAACGUAUUAUGCCUGGUCACCGCCAUCCACCUACAAAGCAGGGCAGCAGCAGCAGCAGCAGCAGCAGCAGCCGCCAAAGCAAGAGGAAGGAGAAGACACCCUGCCUCCAUACAGCGAGAGGGAGCUGAGCCGAGGCCCUUCGUACAGGACCAGGGAGCAGGCUUACCUCAAUGCCUCGGACAAGAAGAGGAAAAAGGAGCCCAAGAAAACAAAUGAUUUCCCAACCAGGAUGUCCCUUGUGGUUUGAUGUUGUCACAGAAGAGUCGUGUUGAUGGGCUGGGUACCAUGAGGUGGCCGUGAGGCUGAGAUACAGAGCUCUGAGCAAACAGGUCCCAAUGAACCUUUGCAGCCACCAGCCAUGGACAUUCUCUUUCAAUUGUCUGUUUCACCAUGGGAGUGGAGGCCAUCUGUAGAGGCAGACUCCAACGAAUAGCUCUCAUCCCACUUGCUGUGGGAGAGUCCUCCAGGAAGAUCAAUGAUGGGGCUCUCUUUGGAACUCUGUUCCACAUUGCAAGGCAGCUGUCACCAUAUUCCGUAUCCCAAGGGUCCCAAACUGAAAGAGAGGCUGGCUUCUUGCCUCUCACCCCAGAAUGCCUCAUCCCACAUUAGGAGAGGCCUAUCUCCAUACUGCUUGCUCUCACUGUUUCCCAUGACCUAGACUUGGAAGGAAGUUGUCUUCAUGCCUCUCACACUCAGAGCCUUAGGAGGUGGGGACUGCCUCUCACGCUCAUCACAUCGAGAUGUCUCCAUGUCUCAUCUCUUCCAUGCUGGGAGGAGGCCUCAUUGUAAGAACUGCAGGUUUCCUCAAGAUGGCAAGGUCCCCAUCCCCUGAAAGUUCUGAAAGAAAAUCUCUAGCAAAAAAACGCUGAGCGUGGCACUAUGCUAAGGGCUGAGCAGGGAGAGAAACAAAUGUGGGUUGGUUUGUUUGAUAUUUUUAGUCCUAUUCAUUCAGUGAUGGGAACUGCGAGUGAGAUUUUAUGUACUGUUUUAAAAGUGGAUCUAAGUAGAUUUUAUUGUAAUGAGAACAUAACAUUGUUCUUCUCACUGUUGCUUGUCUUGAUAUGUGUGGAUUUCUUUGAGGCUGAGAUCUGACCAUAUAAAGCUUCAGAUGGGUAAUCUGAUCAUAUGACAAACCCAG